CAAGUUCUUCCAGCCUUGUUGCGCACGGGGGAAUCGACAAGCAUGGCAGACUCUGGCUCCGACUCUGGCUCGCACGCCUCCUCUUUUGACGCCGCAGACGACCAGGACUGGGCGGACUGGGUCGACGAGGAGGGCGGAGUCGACGUGCACGGCGCUGGGCAGGGCGAAGGGGGUUUUUCGUCGGCGGCGCGCACGCGCACUGCCUUUCAUGCGCUCUUCGCAGACGACGAUGGAGCACUGAGGUCGUUUGGCACGGCGAGGGAGGCGCUCGAGGACGCCAAGGGGCGAGGGUGCGAUUUUGUGACUGUGGUCAGGAGGCUUCGAUUAGAUCCUCUACAGGUCAUUCGGCUCCUCAAUUACCUCCGAAGACAUGCAGGGAGCGUCAAGCCAGACCACAUUAGCGGACUCAAGGGCGACGAAAAGUACCUCAACGACGACGAGGAGCUUAAGCCGGUGCCAGGGUUCGAGAACGACGGCCUCCUGCAGAUCGACUUUGAUGACCUCGACGUGGAACUGGGGGGAGAGGGACAGACAGAGGAGCAGUCGCAAAUCGCCGAACUCCAAUCGGAGCUCCAGGCUGCUCGACUGGCCUUUGAGGACUUGCGGCAAAAGUACGCUGAAUCCCUGCACAUGGACCAUCACAUCGCCGAGCAGCACUCCUCCUCCUCCUCUUCGGCGCGUGGAGCUGAAUCAGAGGCCCCGAAAGCAAAGCGGGACGACGACAGCCACUAUUUCACCUCGUAUGCGUCGCACGAGAUCCACCAGACGAUGAUCGCGGACAAGGUCCGUACGCUGUCCUAUGCCAAGUUCCUCCUCUCGCCGGCAAAUGCCCAUCUGAUUCGUGGCAAGACGGUGAUGGACGUCGGCUGUGGAAGCGGCAUCCUCAGCCUGUUUGCUGCGCGGGCCGGUGCCCGCCAGGUCAUUGCCAUUGACGCUUCCGAUGUGGCCAAGCGAGCACGGGAGAACGUGGAGCGCAACGGCAUGCAGGGCAUCAUCAAGGUGCACCAGGGCAAGAUCGAGGAGCUGGACGCGGAGCUGGCCGAGCACAGAGGAAAGGUCGACCUCAUCGUGUCGGAGUGGAUGGGCUACUUUCUCCUGUACGAGUCCAUGCUGCCGUCUGUCCUCUACGCGCGAGACGCCUACCUGGCAAAGGACGGCGUCCUGGCGCCGUCGCACACCCGCAUGAUCCUGUCUGCCGUCUCCGCGUGCGACAUUAUCAAGGAACGCAUGACGUUCUGGGACAACGUCUACGGAUUUGAGCUGGCGGGCAUGCGCAAGGGCCUGGCCGACGAAGCGUGGACGGAGUGUCUGCAGCCCAAUGAGAUUGCCACCUCGACGUCGACGUUGCUCGACCUCGCGCACCACACGAUGCGGACGCAGCAGCCCCGCUUUGAGGCGCCCUUUAUCCUCGAGGUUCACUCGUCGGCCGCCGGUGCAGAGGCCGGCAAGGCCGUCGAGAUCCAGGCGUUUGCGAGCUGGUUCGACACCUGGUUCACCACCGAUGGCUGCCCACACCCGCCACCGGGCCAGCAGGGCGACAUGAAGGGCGGACAGGAGCUCGAAGGGCUGCCGCCCGUCGAGGUGCGCUGCCCAGGCGAGGCCGAAGUGCGUGGCCUGACGGACCUGCAGCGCGACGCAAUCGUCGCACGCGCUUCCGACUCGCAGGAGGACAAGGCCGGCGAGACGGUCAGCUUCACGACGGGCCCGCAGGGCUUGGCGACGCACUGGAAGCAGACGCUCUUUGUCCUCAAGGAGCCGAUUCUCGCCAAACCGGGCGCGCGAAUCGUCGGGACGCUGCGGUCGACGCCGAGCGUGGACAACUCGCGCGAACUCGACGUCGAGAUCCACUAUGCCGUCCGAGAGGAGGCCAGUGAAGGAAGCGAUGCAAAGAAAAAGGUAGAGGCAAUGACGGUGCAGCUCUUUGCUGUCCGAUAAGAACAUCAUUCCAUCCUUGCCAUCACCAUCAGAGAAGAGUCCUAUUCCAAUAUUAUUUGUGCAAACUAGUCA